GCACAGCCCACGGACAUGCGGGCCCUGCAGGAUUUUGAAGAGCCGGAUAAGCUCCUCAUCCAGAUGAGCGACAUCAUCACCGUCAUCGAGGGCAGGGCCGAGAACUAUUGGUGGCGAGGCCAGAACAAGCGGACCUUGAAAGUGGGCCAGUUCCCACGCAACACGGUGACCUCGGUGGCGGGACUCUCGGCCCACGACAUCAGCCAGCCCCUGAAGAACAGCUUCAUCCACACGGGCCAUGGGGACACCAACCCCCACCAAUGCUGGGGCUUCCCCGAUAAGAUUGACGAGCUGUACCUCGGAAAUCCCAUGGACCCUCCAGACAUCCUAGGUGUGGACUUGAACGCGGCCAGGCCCACGCAGCUCCCAGGAAGGUCAAAAAAGCCCUCGUACGACCCCGUCAGCGAGGAGGACGACCCCCUUUCCUCCAGCCUCAAGCGCCUUUGCCUGAAGAAGCCGGGCCUGCGUCUCGCGAAGCCCUCCGCCCGCGUCUCGGGCACCAAGGUGACCGAGAGGCUGCUGCUGCUGCCGCGGCCCAAGGGGAGCGGCGCGACGGGUAACGAGGUGACGCUGAUCGACUUUGGAGAGGAGCCCGUCCCCACCACCCCCUCGCCCAUUGGGGAGCUCUGUGCCCCGUCGCUGGCCAAGCUGGCCAUGGAGGCUUUCUCCUUGCUGGACAAGACCCCCCCCCAGAGCCCCACGCGGGCCCUGCCCCGGCCCCUCCACCCGACCCCCAUCGUGGACUGGGACGCCCGGCCCCUCCCGCCGCCCCCCGCGUACGACGACGUGGCCCAGGACGAGGACGACUUUGAGGUCUGCUCCAUCAACAGCGCCGAAGGACUCGUGGGGCCGCCGAGCAGCCGCCCAGCCUGGGAGGAGAAGGGGGAGACCAACGGCGGUUUCCUCCCCGAGGGCGACCGCCCCGCUCUCCCUCCGGAGGACAACCUCUUCCUGCCGCCCAAGGAGGCCAAACAGCCCAGUCCCGCCCAAACCACCGAGCUCUUCCAGGAAUUGCAACAGGAGUGCAUGAAACGGCUCAACGUGCCCCUGGGGGCAGCCUCGGCGGCCUCGACGCCCAGCCCGGGGGAGGACAAGCCCCAGGUCCCCCCACGCGUGCCCAUUCUGCCCCGGCCUCUCCGUCGGAACGAGCACGGUCGCUGGUCCGGGGAAUUGUCACCGGCUUCCGGGGGAGAGGAGGGCCGCCCGCCCCAGAUCCCCCCUCGCGAUCCCCUGUCCCAGCCCGGCUCCCGGACGCCCAGCCCCAUGUCCCUCCCAGGCGGGUCCCCCCAAACGAGAGCCGGUCUGUGUUCUCCGCUCUCCCUGGGCUCGUAUCUGUCCACGUCUCCAGGAAAGCAGCCCAUGCCCACCACCCAGAGCUUCGCCCUGGACCCAAAGUACGCCACCCCCAAGGUCAUCCAAGCGCAAGGCAAGGAGAGCGCCAAGGGACCCUGCAUCCUGCCCAUCGUGAAGGACGGCCGGAAGGUCAGCAGCACCCACUACUACCUGCUCCCGGAGCACCCGCCUUACCUGGACAAGUACGAGAAGUUCUUCAAGGAGGCCAGGACCCCCGAGGAGAACCCACCGCCAGCCCGGGUGGUCACCACGGCGACCGUGCGGCCAAUGGUCCAGCAACAACCCGACUACAAGGCCAACUUCUCUUCCAACAACAGCAACGUCAUCGUCAGGGCUUCCUGCGGCCUCCAGAAGAUCAUCUACGAUGGUUCCGGUUCGGACAGCUUGAGACCCUCUGAGAAGAUACGGCUGGUCCAGGAGACGGUGCACGGCGUCACCACCGAGGAGUGUCAGACGGCCCUGCAGAACCACGGCUGGAACCUCCAAAAGGCCAUCCAGUACUUGAAGGUCGAGCAGCUCUUCUGCCUGGGCCUGAAGACGCGGCUGGAGUGCCACAAAGUCCUGGAGAUGUUCAACUGGAACUUGGAGCAGGCCAGCUCCCACCUGCUGGACCCCUACAGCGCCUUCUGAUUCAAGCGGUGACCAACGGCCGGACCCAGAAGCAGAGACGUUUGACCCGCUGUGGGUGCCCACAGGCAGGGAUCCCCCGAGGAACCACUUCCUGGCACACGGACCAAGAAGCAGCUCCGUGGCAGAGGACGACGGAGCAGAGGCGGACGAGGUCACCGCCAGGCCCGCCGGGCCCGAUCCUUGUGCGCUUCCCCCCACCGAAGACUGACUGUCCACACUCCUUCCUCCUGCAGACGCGGGGGGCUCAGAGUUCGCUUGUAUUUGGACCCCACCCCGCUUCCAACCGUUGUUGCUGUUGCUUG